UCUCCCCUGGCGCCUCAGGCUGGGCACUCGUCCCCCAGGACGGCCCCCAGCAGCCCGGACCGAGAGCUCUCCUACGCUGAGGAAGCCCCUAGUGACGACGACGCGAGUCACGACAGCGAAAGUGCGCCCCUUGUGAUCGACGAGGACCGGCAGGACGAGAGUGAGCGACUCGCCAUCGACGAGAGCCCUGUGAGCGUGGAGCAGCACGGGGACGAAAUUCAAGCUGCUCACCCCAGGCGACAACGUGAGCGCUUACCAGGCGGUCACGGCGCUGGAGGCGGAACACCCCACCCUAAAGCAGGAAGUGAGGCCCAACCUCGCGGGCGAGUACGUCCUCAUCCCCAAGGAUGACGACUCGACCGCCCUCCUACGACGCCUCGCCGAGGAGGGCGACAGGGUGCUGCUGCUGGACCCCACAGCCAGGAGGCACAAGGUGGUGAUGGAGCGCUACCCCAUCAACCUCCCCCUCGAGGCCGUGGAGGCCCAUCCCUGCGUGGUCUCCGCCAGGCUUCUCCGGGCAGGUAGGGACAACGUGGCCACGAGGCAAGUGCUCCUGGUGCACGACGGGCCACCGCCAGACCGGCUGGACCUAGGCAGCUGGGGCCGCUACACCCUGCGCCACUACCAAGGCAAUCCCGUCAGGUGCUAUAAGUGCCAACGGUACAAUCACAUUAGAGCGACGUGCCAGCACUCCGUCAGGUGCGGUGUGUGCAGCCACGUACCCCCGACGGAGGAGUGCAUCAAACGGCACAAGGCCCAGGAGACCACCACCGCAAAAUGCCCGAACUGCGGGAAAAAGCACCACGCGUGGAACCCGCAGUGUCCGGAGCGACUCAGGAGCACCAGCAGCAGCGGCAGCAGCAGCAGCAUCGGCGGCGGCAGCAGCAACAACAGCAGGGACCAUGUGGGCGCCCCCAGCAACAAGGUGCUCGCAGGUUUGCUCCCGCGCCCCAACCAACUAUGCCGGCAUGGGGGAUUAACCGCCCGUCCCUCGGGAACCCCACCCAGCAUGGAGUCUGGUCAGGCGGGAGGAAGCAGCCAGCAGGGAGCAGUCCGGCCCCCGCCAAUGCCUCACCCAGCACCCUGCACCCCCCUCCCCUCACCCCUCGACCUCAGAAGAGGAGGGACAGGCGACGCGGACACCGCACCCAGCCGAGUGGUGACCCGCCCACCGAGGAGCCCUCCGCGCAGCGCAUAGCCCCACCACAAGACAGGCCCACCAACAACACCGCGAGGGGCGACAGCGACACCACCCUCAGCGAGGAGACGCGCACCGUCCUCAACACCAUCCUCGUGCGCGUGGUGUAGGUCGUGAGGCGG